AAGCCGAGGAGGGCUGGCCUGGAUCAAUGGGAUGAUUUUCCGUCUUGGGUUUGCCAGCGCAGGCUUUGCGCUCUCGCCCGCAUCGCCCACAUCAUGAACUUGGACACUGCUACCCUCGCCCUGGGAGGCGCCGUCGCCCUCGCCGGCACGGUUGCCUACCUCAGAUCUGCCCCUGAACCGGACAUCCACCCGGCCCACCUCCGAAGCCAGAGCGAUAUUGCCCGAACCCGAGUUCAAGGCGAAACUGCCAUCAUCCGAAACAGAGGCACUCCAAACGGCGUUCCGCUGCUGCGAACCUCGAGCAAAGGCGACUGUCUGACGGUCUACGAGCUGUUCCAGUCCUCCCUGAAGAACAACUCUGGCAAGCCUUAUCUCGGCCAUCGUGUUGGCGCCGGACCAUAUGAAUGGAUUACUUAUGACCAAGUCGCCGUCCGGGCCACCAACCUGGGCUCGGGACUCUGCGCCGUCGCUGGUCUCAAGCCCGGCAGCUCCGACAAUGUGGGCAUCUGUUUGCAGAACUCACCAGCCUGGUUGGUCACCGAUCUCAGUUGCGCGAGCUACAGCCUGGUUUCGGUUCCGCUCUAUGAGACCUUUGAUCAAAACUCGCUCGAGUACAUCAUCAACUUGACCGAGAUGAAGAUCGUCGUGUCCUCCUCCAAGAACCUGGAUCGGAUCUUUGAGCUCUUGAAGAAGUGCCCCCAACUGAAGGCCAUCGUCGUUACAGAUGCGGAGACCGUAUCGGCAGAUCUAGUUCAGAGGGCUGCCGAGGACUCGGCCAAGAUCCUGACGCUGGCCGAGGUCGAGAAGAUCGGUGCCGGCAAUCAGCUUCCACAUGUGCCUCCAAAGCCUAGCGAUGUCUUCACGAUCUGCUUCACCUCAGGAACGACCGGCAGCCCCAAGGGCGUCAUUGGUCUGCACAGUAACGCCGUCGCCUGCAUAUUUGGCAUCGUCGAAACGUUCCCCAAGGAGCUGGCAUUAACCGACCAGGAUCGCCAUUUAUCGUUUUUGCCCUUGGCGCACAACCUUGAGAGAGCCUUGACCUACGCCUUCACCUACUACGGCAUGCAGAUUGGGUUCUACCGCGGCAGCAUUCCCCAGCUGUUUGACGACUUUGAAGCUUGUCAGCCCACGGUCUUCCCGGCCGUUCCGCGCCUCCUCAUUCGACUCUAUGACCGCGUGAAGCUCCAGAUUUCUCAAUCCAGCCCCAUCGUCAAGAUUCUCUUUGACUUUGCGUACGCGCAAAAGCUCAGUCUCCUUCAGAGCGGCUGCGUUAGGCGAGAUACUAUCUGGGACAAGAUUGUUUUCAAGAAUAUCCAGAACAAGCUUGGCGGACGGAUCCGUCUCAUGCUCACGGGAUCGGCUCCUAUUUCGCCCAAAGUCCUCGAGUUCCUGCGCAUUACCCUUGGCUGCCCAAUCAUGGAGGGCUACGGCUUGACGGAGCUCUUUGCAGGAGGAUGUGUGACGAUGGUGUACGACCACCUCCAGCCCUUUGGAGCGCACGUUGGUGUUCCAUUCCUUUGCAACGAGGCCAAAUUGGUGGACGUGGCCGACCUGGGAUACCGCGUUGACGAUCAGCCCAACCCUCGCGGAGAGCUCUGCUUCAGAGGAAACGCAGUUACUCCAGGCUACUACAAGAGCCCAGAGCUUACUGCUGCCGCAUUCGAUGAAAACGGAUGGUUCCACACGGGUGAUGUCGGCGAGCUCUUGCCCAACGGUACCAUCAAGAUCAUCGAUCGAGUCAAGAACCUCUUCAAGUUAUCCCAAGGCGAAUACGUGGCGCCCGAGAAGGUGGAGAAUGCCAUCAAGAACAAGUUUAUCGGACAGGUGUGGAUUCACGGUGACUCUUUGGAGUCUUAUCUCAUUGCCGUAGUUGUUCCCGAGCCCGACACCGUCCUGACCUGGGCCAAGCACAACGGACUGGAGGGUAAGUCCAUGGCCGAGCUGUGCGAAACUGAGGCUUUGAACAAGCUCAUUAUGGACAGCAUUGUCGAGUCUGCCAAGGAGCACGCCCUCAAGAGCUUCGAGACUCCGCGACGCAUCCAUCUCCAUCCUGAUCUCAUGACCCCCGAAAACGGGUUGCUGACUCCUACGCUCAAGCUCAAGAGAAACGUGCUCAAGACUCAUUUCAAGACCGUCACUGAUAAGCUCUACGGUCGCGCCAAGUAAUGCGUUUGCAAGUCGACAGCCUGUACCAGAAGUCGCUGCCCGGAAGUGUCUGGCGUGGCUACUGGAAAUGCUGGCCGUUUGUUGGUCUGACAGCACUGUGAUGUCGGGGGCUCGUGUGUCUAUCCUUCAAGAAUCAAGACCGAGCCCCGUUGUUUGCACGGAUGUGGGACGCGGGAGAGAUCGGGAUUCGAGUGCAGGGAAGAGGGUAUGAUCGCAAAGGAAGAAUGUAUGUAUCCAACACCCUCUCAAUCACACACGGGGCCCUGUCGACAUUCGAGAGCGAUGCCGGGGUGUUUUGUUGGUUCAACCCGACGGCUGGUCUGGACCAGGCUUGGCGUUCUUGGUUCGCAGCUGGUUGGGAACGAGACGGAGUAGCGGUGUAGUGGAGUGUUUCUCGUACCAACCCCUGCCUGUUGUUGGUUUGAGGGAACACAGUUUUGAGAUGAUUGCAAUGAGUAGGCGAUGUGUUCAGGUU